ACUACAUUCUUAUUCUCAAAUUGCACGUGGAACUAUGUGGCGGACAGUUUCUUUUGUAGAACGAGUUGAAGUUGAGUUUUCUGGCAAUGUCUCCAAUCAGGCUAUAAUACUUGGGGACGUUGACAACGAUAAGGGAAAUGAGUUAGCUGUAGGUAAUGUAGAUGGGAUGCUGGCAGUUUUCAAAGGUAGAGGACCUACCCCAUGGAGAACCUGUUCUAACUUGGGCAUGAUAACAUGUGUUGGUGUCAGUGAUUUAUUAAGCAGAGGAAAGAAUAACUUGUACUGCCUGACUGCAGAAGGUUGGUUUUAUUUGUUUGAUGUCAAAGUGGAUUUCCAAGAUGGAGAAGGUCAGGAGAGUCAUGAUGAGGAUUGUGGUGACAAUUUAAAGCCAAUAUUUACACAACAUCUACCUCCUAAUGGUAAAGUUAUGCAGGCAGCUGAUGUAGAUGGAGAUGGGAAGUUAGAGUUGGCUAUGGGAUAUUCUGACAGAGUUAUAAGAUUGUAUAAGUGGAUAGGACCUACAUCCUUUGAUAGUGAGACAGAAACUAAAGGUUCUAUGGUGCAGAUAGAAAAAUGGCAGUUGGCUGGUCAGAUUGGUUCUAUUACAAUGAAUAAAGGUAAGAAAGGGAAAUCUGAGCUGCUAGCUUCACAACCUGGGGGAACAUAUGUCACGUUGCUACACGAUCCUGUAUCAAAUGAUAUACAAGACGGAAUCAGCGAGACAGAGCCAAACAACCUGCUAUAUGACCCUCUAGUUUCUAGUGAGAUCAGAAAUAUCAGUAUAUCUACAGAAAUUGUUGGUAAUAUAAGAAAAGGACCUGGAUCGGCCAAGGAUAGUGAAGCUGAUGUCCUUUAUGCACUCUGUACAUUAGAUGGUACUAUAGUGUUGGUAGAAAGUGGGAGACAGAUAUUAUGGUCUCUUCAAGUUGAUCAUCAACUAUUCUCACUGAAUAAACUUGAUGUUACAGGAAAUGGUAAAGAAGAGGUUGUUUGUUGUUCCUGGGAUGGACAGACAUACAUUGUUAACCAUGGUAGAGAAGCUGUUAGAUAUCAGUUUGAGGACAAUGUAGCAGCAUUCUCUACUGGAUACUAUGCUGUAAACACCACUGAUAAUGUACCAUGCUUCGUGUAUGCGACAUUUAACAACCGUAUCUACAUAUACUACAAUAUACGGUUACCGAGGGUAGAGUCAACAAAUUCUAUUGAAGUGAUGGACAAACGUGAAGAAACACAUGAGCUAUUGAAGAAACUUAAUAUUGAAUCACCCAGUAAUAAGCAAUUAAAGGAAUUAUACCAUUGGUGCUUAUAUGGUUGGAAAAACAAACCCUGAACAUUUAUAGGAAUCAAUUAUUCAAAAUUAAAAUCUGCUAGAGAAGAUGUAGCCAUUGCUUUCAAAAUAUUAAGAAAAUGGCACCAGUAAAUGUAUGGAACCAGCAGAUAUAUGGAACCAGCAAGUCUAUGGUACCAGCUGGUCAAUGGAACCAACAGAUCUGUGGAACCAGCUGGACAAUGGAACCAGCAAUGUAUGGAACCAGCAGGUUAAUCAAUGGAACCAGCAGGCCAAUGGAACCAGCCUGUCAAUGGAACCAGCAUAUCUAUGCAGUGUUGGAAGACCUGAUUGUGUAUCUUGAGAAACAUAAUGCUGUGUGAAUGGUAUUUUUAAGAAAAAUGCUGUAAAUGUAACUGCCCAUGCCCUUAGAAUUAUUAGUAAUUUUGGGUGUAAUAAUUGAUAAAUGAACAUCUGCUAGAGAUCACUUGCUAAAUAGUUGUUAUAGUUUCAUUAUCUUAUCAUAUGUAAAUGUGUAGAUAACAAUCUAAUAAUUACAGUUCUGUGCUUUUCCGUUUAGUACUCAAAAAUUUUAUCAUUAUAUCAUAGACCUAUGUAUUCAUAGAAUGGCCUUUUUGAAUCUGAAUUCAAAAUGCCAAAACUAUUUUUAGCUCACCUGUCACAAAAAGACAUGGUGAGCUUUUGUGAUCGCUUUUCGUCCGGCGUCUGUCCGUCCAUAAACUUUUACUUUAAACAAUAUCUCCUCUUAAACUGCUAAGCCAAUUUCAUCCAAACUUCACAGGAAUGUUCCUUUGGUAGUCAACUUUAAAAAUUGUUCAAAGAAUUUAAUUCCAAGCAGAACUCUGGUUGCCAUGGCAACCAAAAGAAAAAACUUAGAAUAUCUUCUUUUAGGAAACCGAAAGAGCCAGAGCUUAGAUAUUUGGUAUGAAACAUCGUCUAGUCAGUGUCUACCAAGUUUGUUCAAAUAAAUGCCCUGGGAACAAAAUUGGCCCCCGCCUGGGGGGGUCAUUGAUUUUCCUUAUUUGUAUAUAUUAAAAACUUAAAACAUUCUCUUUUAAAAAACCUAAAUAGCUCGAGCUUAGAUAUUAAGCAUGAAACAUCUUCUAGUGGGUGCUUCUAGUUUGUUCAAAUAAAAGCCCUGGGGUAAAAAUUGGCCCCACCCCAGGGUGUCAUUGUUUUUAUGCUCCCCGAAAAAUUUCGGGGGAGCAUAUAGUCGGCGCCUUGUCCGUCUGUCUGUCCAUCCGUCCGUCUGUCCGUCCGUUGUCUUGUCCAGAGCAUAACUUGAAAACCCUUGGAGAUAAUUUGUUGAAACUUCAUACAGUGGUAGAGGGCAUCGAGGGGGGGUGCAGUGUCAAAGAACCAUAACUCUAUUUUGCCUGGUUUUUGAAUUAUCUCCCCUUAUAGAAAAAUCUUGUCCGGGGCAUAACUCUAAAACUAUAAGAGAUAUCAACAUGAAACUUUGUAGGUGAAUAGAUCUCAAUGGGUAGAUGUGCAGUGCAUAAGAACAAUAACUCUUUUCAUCCUAAUUUUGGAGUAAUUGCCCUUUGUUAAUUUUAAUACUUUGAACUUUGUCCGGAACAUAACUUGAAAACCCUUGGAGAUAAUUUGUUGAAACUUCAUACAGUGGUAGAGGGCAUCGCGGGGGAGUGCAGUGUCAAAGAACCAUAACUCUAUUUUGGCUGGUUUUUGAAAAAAUCUUGUCCAGGGCAUAACUCUAAAACUAUAAGAGAUAUCAACAUGAAACAUUGUAGGUAGAUAGAUCUCAUUGAGUAGAGGUGCAGUGCAAAAGAACCAUAACUCUGUUAAGCCUUAUUUUUGAAUAAUCUCCCCUUUUAGAAAAAUCUUGUCCAGGACAUAGCUGUAAAACUAUAAGAUAUAUCAACAUGAAACUUUGUAGGUAGAUAAAUCUCAAUGGGUAGAUGUGCAGUGCACAAGAAUCAUAACUCUACCUUGCCUAAUUCUGGAGUUAUUGCCCUUUGUUUAUUUUUACUUUUUGAAUUGUCCAGGACAUAACUCGGAAAUCAUAAGAGAUAUCAUCAAGAAACUUUGUAGGUUGAUAGAUCACAUUGAUUAGAAGUGCAGUGCAAAGAACUGUAACUCUGCCUUGCCUUAUUUUGGAAUUAUUGCACUUUGAACUUUUUCCACGGACAUAACUCUGAAACUACAAGAGGUGUACUUUCCUGUGUCCAAAACCUAUUCGGGGAGCAUCACCCGGCUCAAACCGGGCUCUUGUUCCCUUUAUGUAUAUAGUAAAAACUUUAAAAAAUCUUCUUUUAAGAACCCCAAAGAGCUAGAGCUAAGACAUUUAGCAUGAAACAUCUUCUAAUGAGUGUCUACCAAGUUUGUUCAAAUAAGGGCCCUUCGGUUAAAAUUGGCUCGCCCGGCGGUCAUUGAUUUUCCUUAUAUAUGUAUAGUAAAAACUUUUUAAAAUUUUCAUAUAAAAAACCCAAAGUUAGAGUUUUAGAUACUAAGCAUGAAGUAUCUUCUAGUGAGUGUCUAUCAAGUAUGUUCAAAUAAAAGCCCUGGGGUGAAAAUUGGCCCCUCCGAGGGGUG